UAUGAUUGGAUUCUGACAGAUUAAAUGUUUUAAAACCAUUAACUACUACUUUAUCUCAUAGGAAUAUUUUCUAGUCCUCCAUAAAGUUAUUUGCUCUAUUCUCCUUGUAGAAUGAUAUGAUUAUAUUUCACAGUUUGACAUACUGUGCCAUAUUUGACCUAAGUUUAGAUAUAUAAAUCUACAUUUUCAUAUCCUUUUGAGUCUGCAAUUUAUAAAAUAGCUUUGGAGAAGUCACAGUUUAGCUGAAUUUAUUUCUGCAAUUAAGAAUAAUUUUUAAAUACGGUAUCUUUGUGUUCUAUGUAUCAUUAGAUAGUUACACAAUUAACUGGAUCUAACUGGAUGAUGAGCCUUGGCAUCAGUAACUUACGGCUUUAUCACCUUUAGAGUAGAGUGCCAUGAUAUGUUUUUUUUUUUUUUGAUGAAACUCUUUUUGAAGACUACUUGGAAACUGCUAUGGUUGUAAAGUGCAUCAUCUUGCAUACUGGAGAGUAAAAGCCUGUACAACACACAUAUAAUAUCUGUACAGUAUUAUGGAUGCUAUAUUGGCUGCUGAUAGGUUCCUGGGUAUAAUUCAAAUUACUACGUUGGAAGAGUUUUACUGUUGUGUUUUAUAAUGGUAUUACAAUAUUAUUUUAUAUUUUGUAGUUUUAUCUAUUAUAAAGUAAAACAGGACUAUACUUGAUUACCAUAGCAUACAAGUGUAAUAAAUAACCAGCACUGCAGUGAAUUAAGAAAUAGGGUAUACCAUGAAUUAUUUCAAUGAAUCAAGUUAUAGAGUGACAUUGUAACAGAUCAUAGACAUUUUAGAAAAUAUUAAGUGUCUUCAUUAAAUAAUGUAAAUAAUUCAAUGUUAAGUACUACUUUUUUGUACCUUCAUUUUAUUGGAUCUAACAGGGUAUGAUACAAUCCAGAGGAAGCAGUUGUCCCCUUUAUCCCUGAGAUCUCCAGAACUGUCCAUUUCUGCUGCUUCACAUUCAGAGCUCGGGAUUAUGCCUAAAAACCAAUCGCUUCUUAAUAAUGGAACUGGCCAGAGUAGCUUUUUAGAAAUGUAUGAAUCUGCAGAUGAAAACUGUUCGUGGAAUAAUGUCACAAUAGCAGAUUUGUAUCCAGGAAUGGUAAAAAAUCUUAGCAGACUGUUCGGUAAAGUAUCCCAAAAAUCUUUUUCAAAUUCAUUAACUGAGCGAUACAAAUACAGAUAUUGUCAUUCUAAAAAAGCAAAAUUUAAUACCAACAAAGAGAAAACAAGAAAGUUCAGAGUACUAAAUCUGACACCUCGUUUCAUUGUUGAAAAAGAUGAAAACAAGAAAUUAUCUAAAGGAAGUAAUGGCGACAGAAGUCCUUUUUACAAUUCAAAGCGUCAGAUACAAUGCUCAGAAAAAAGUAUUUACAGAAUAGAAUCUGCUGGAUCUCAGAACUCAGAUAGAAUGAUAAUAGACUGUUCUGGUAUUGCAGAAGAUUAUUCAUACAGUGAAAGUACUGGAAAACGUGUUACAGAGGAAACUUUUCCCCCUAGAACUCUUUGUGCAGAUAAAACAUUUUUGGUCAAUAAUACAACUUGUUUCCCUUUAUCUUCAAACAAUGUAAAAAAGAAUCAAAGUUUUGAAGAUUUUUCCCAUACAUUUUGCACUGCAGAUUUAGAUACAACAUUUAAUCCAAAAGCAGAAAGAGAAACUGGCGAACUGAGUACUAUGGCAUUCAAAACUACUUCAAGUUUAAGUUUGUCCUUGAACGGCAAAACAAAUUCCAUUUUACAAGGAAGCAAGUCUCCAGUGAAAACCUGUAACAGACUAAAAAAUCAUGAAAUUAAAACUUUCACUGCCACUGUGUCACUACCACGAAGUCAUUCUUUUUCAUCAUUUCAUGUUAACCGAAGUCCAAUUUCUUAUAAACAGAAAUAUGAAGAUGCAUUUGAAAAAUUAUAUAAGGAAUUGUGUUCUCCAAAGCCACAGAAACCAUUUAAGUGUUCAAAUAUAUACGUGAGCCCUAGAAACUCUGCAGACAUACACAUUUCGGGUUUAGAUAAUCUGUCCUCAAAUUUCCCUAAAAAAGCAAACAGUACGAUUGAAGAUCUGUACCAGAAAUUAUGUUCUGAAGGUUUUCCCAAAUUUCCAACAUUUCUAAGAGCAGCAAAUUUAAAAAAAUAUGAAGGAGUACAGAUAUCUGAAACUGUAAAUGCCCUUGUUAAUUCUCCAAUAAGAACUCUGCCUGCUGUUGCCAGAAUUAAAAGAGCGGCACAUUUUCGUAAUGAAGAUUCUCAGUAUUCGCCUUUUAAAAGGUUAAAAAAUAAAUGUAGUAAUUCUUACAAAAUAUAUCAGAAAUUUCCUUGCUGGAAAACCAUUAGAAAUGACGCAGCGUUCACAUUGCAUUCACCUGUUAAAAACAGUUUGGCAUCAAAUACGAAUUAUGGAGGUUCUGUUUCUUCAGGCCAUGGCUUUUUGGCCACUUCAGUUGCUGAUAUGGAAGAGUCUGGGAUUUCAGAUAUGAAUGAAAAUAUUCCCAGGUAUUUGCGGGAUCGUGAGUUUUCAAGAAAGUCACAGAAUUUUAUACCAAAAGUUUCCAGAAAGCUAAGCUAUAAUGAUGGGAGAAUCAGAAGCAGUGAAUUCAUACAGAAGGAUUAUGAGGAAACAUUUCUGGAAGGAUUUGGAGAGGAAAAUGAUAUUUUUUAACAAAAUAUAUUUUAAUCCCAGUAAUUUCUAAACAGAACACAAAUUAAGUGGAAUAUUCCUGAAUUAAGGUAGUAAAAUAUUUUCACCACUUCUUUAACUCUUUAACUCAUCAGCUUUAGCACAGGGCAAUAGACCUAAAAGACUGCAGUGAAAAUGGAGAAAUAACAACUACUAAUAUAGUUCAGCAUUCAUCUCUAUGCAAUUAUUCUAUGUCAUUUGAAAGUUAUGGAGAUAAUGGAAACUGUUUCUAAAAUUCAACAGUUCAUUAAUUGGUUUUUGCCUUCUUGGUGAUUUAUUCAGCUUAAGUGACUAUAAGAAACAUCUUUUGUGGUACUUAAUUUGUUUAAUCUGCACCUCUAGAAAAAGGUUAUUGGAAGUUGGGGCAUAAUCAAGAUUUAAAUGUGUUUUUAUAUAGUGCUUUUAACUUACUAUUCAAUAAGGUCAUGCUUUAGGAAAAAUCUUUAUUUCAUUGAUAAAGAGUAAAUAUGAAAAUAUCCAUUUUUGUAUUUUUAUUUUAUUUUAAAUGUACCUAAUAUUUGAUAUAUAUCUUUGUCUAAUAAACAUUUUAAUAUGUUUGUAUUUUGACUGAGUUUGUUAUAAGUUUGCUUUUGGAAUCUGUAAGGUUAUUAAUUUCACCUAGGAUAAGUCUUUCCUUAUUUUCAUUUGCUUAUCAAUUUUCUAGGCUACCCAAAACUAAGCAUGGAAGGCUUGAUUUAUAGAAAAAACUAUAAAUUAAAAAUAAAAUACAAUAGAUACUGUUAUUUGGGGGUAACAGCAACUAAACUGUUCCCUACUGUUGGGUGUUCUCAGUCAGCAGAGAUGACAAAGGCUCAAUUCUAUAAGGCUGUCUUGUGAAGGAAAGUCAUUUCAAUCUUAUUUUUUUUGCUUUUUGAGAAAAAGUGGGAGAGGAGAAGAAGGAACCUGUGUUGUAGAGGGGACUAGUAGCACAGUGAUAAGGCACUUGGUUCUUAAGUAGUCAAAGAGCAUACUUUCAAUUCGUGUUCACCAUUCCUUCAGGAUUCUUUCUGUCACCUCUAGUAUUCACUGUUUGUGAGAGUGGAGAUUCAUUCUCCAAGCUUGUGGAUUGGCUUCUGAGUGUUUUGUUACCAGACUAAGUAACAUCUUCAGCGGAAUUUAGAGAAUGUCAGUGUUGGUCUUCUGCUACUGUAAUACUACUGUAAUAUACUUUCCUGUUGGUUCUAUAUUCAUCAAUCAAAAAAUGAUAGUUAACUUACUGAACUAUAUAACUAUGAAAGUUAACUGAAGUAACUUUCUAGUCAUAAGAAAUUGCCUUAUUGUUCCAUCCUAUUUAGGACCAAAAGAGGAUUAAGAGAGAAAUCCAGGAGUCCGUGGGUUUAAAUAUGUUACUUUGCUAAAUUAUAUUACUUAUGUUUAUUUAUGUAUUAUGUAUUAUAUGAAUAAAUAACUUGAUUCCUGUUCAAAA